AUGCCGGAUUUCACCCAGGUUGACUUCUACGACAAUAUCGGAAGUAGGAAAGGAAUGGAAUCCUCGUGUAAACAGGACGUCGUGGACAGAGGAAUGGAUGAUAAAGAUAAAGAGGCAGAAAUAAGCAAAGUGAUAUACCUGGUUUCAGCAAAUCACGUUUCGGGUGACGAAUUUUAUGGUUCUCAGGGGCAAGAAUAUCAAAAUGUCAAGGAAUUAAAUAAGAGCAGUGUAGUAGUUGAAUUAAGAAAAGAAAAUCUGCGAACGUUCCAGGAUGUGGAAAUUAUAAAACAAACUGUGAAAAAUGUCGUUGAACUGUGCCCAAGACAGAUAACUGUACAGGGUGUUGCAGAUAUGGAUGUAAUAAACGAAACAGCGGCGAAGCUGCAGGAUUUGAGAGUAGGUGAAGGAGAUAUUGACAUAAAAGAACAACCUGUCGAAGACGUACAUCUAGUGGCCUCUGAGAUACCUGAAGUGUUAGAGCAUGCACCAGAGAAAGACAACGAAAGUGGAGUUCCCAACAGACAAAAUCCCAGCGAUAAAACGGAUACAAUUGUGAAGAUUGAGGGGUUCAGACCAAAAUCCGGAAAAAAGCGUAGGAAAAGUGCGAGUAACGAGGGAUCGCUCAGUCGGUCUGUGUCGCAGUCAUUAAAUUCCACUCAAUUGUCAUGUGAAAAACUGCUGAAAGUUAGGGAAGCAGUGGAACGAGCUAUUAGGGAGCACAAGACAUUCACUGUGCAAGGAACAUUCCCAACAAUCCGUGAAGCCAUGAGACAACGAGGUUGGAUUGAGAAGGAGACAACUCGAAACAAAACCACCAUACAUUUGGAUGAUGCUUCAAUUCCAAGCAGUAUAUCACUUCUUGCCACCUUAACACAAACAGAUGGGAGGAAUACAGAGGCACUAUUCACAGCUCGACUUCUUCGUAAUGUCAAUGUCGACUUCCUGUGGACGAUGAGGAGUGAGCCCAUAGACUGGCAAGCAGUUCAGAGAAAACAAAUUGUCAACAGAUUUCCAAGAGCAUAUUUUACCACUAAGGUGGGGCUGUGUGCCUGUCUGCAGCACAUGCACUGGUUCUGUGAAAAUGAUGUAUCUCACAUCCUGUUUCCACGAUGCUACAAUGUGUGCCAGCCAGAUGAAUUAACAGCAUUCACACAUGAUUUUCGGAUCACGGCGUGUCUUGGUUUACUCAAAUGGCUAGUGAGUAAAUAUGAGAAACAGGGAGAAUCAUCUUUAAAGUCUGCAGAGGGGAAGAUUCCUUUUACAGCUGUGGAAUUUGCACUUAAACGUUGCCAAGAAUAUAUUGGUGUGCAGACUCAUGAGGAUAUAGACCAGCCAGAACCAAUUUCUAUAUGGGAUCACCAGUGGGAUCAAUUCCUCACUUGGUACUACUUGGCUGUUCAUGAAAACUUUCUCCUGUUAGAAUGCAGGACAGCAUCUGUUGUGGAUUUAUAUGAUUCAGCAAAACAUGUUCUUCUUGAUAUCAGGAAGUUCUGGCCUCAGAUAGAUCUUGAUGGUAUAAACAAUAUCUGGAUAGUUAAACCUAGCGCUCAGUCCCGUGGCAGAGGAAUUCAACUGAUAAACAAACUUGACACAGUGAUGGGAAAAGUAAACCCUGUAGCAAUGAAGGAGUCCAGAUAUGUGGUGCAGAAGUAUAUAGAACACCCUCUACUUAUUCAUGAUACAAAAUUUGAUAUUCGUCAGUGGUUUCUGGUCACAAGUGCCCAGCCACUAACCAUCUGGAUGUACAAAGAAAGUUACCUGCGUUUCUGUUCACAACCAUUUGACCUGAUGAAUAUGCAUGAAUCUGUCCAUCUAUGCAACAAUGCUGUGCAAUGCAAGUACAAGAAUGGAAAACGAAAUCCACUAUUACCUGAUGAAAAUAUGUGGGACUGCUACACAUUUCAGACAUACCUCAGAGGAAUAGGUCAUGCCGAUAUGUGGGAUAAAUGCAUCUACCCUGGCAUGCAACAAAGCAUCAUAUGUGCCUUGCUUGCAUCACAAGAAUAUAUGGAUAGACGGAGAAAUUGUUUCGAGCUGUUUGGAGCUGACUUCAUGCUGAGUGAAGAUUUCUCACCGUGGUUAAUUGAAAUUAACUCAUGUCCUUGUAUGCAGUCUACUACAAGUGUCACUGCCCGUAUGUGUUCACAAUGCCUUGAAGAUGUCAUAAAAGUGGUGGUUGAUAAACGUUUUGACAGGAAGGCAAGUACAGGAAUGUUUGAACUAAUCUACAGGCAGCAUAUUUCCCAGGCACCACCAUACCUGGGAAUGAGUUUAUCUGUGCGUGGAAUUAAAGUCCACCAUACAGUACCAAUUCCAAGAUCACGAACCAGGAGUGGUAAUAUGGUAAAUAAACCCAGGGAUGGGUCCGAAGAACAGGAAUUACACAGCAGUGGUCCUGACAGCAGUAAGAAGAGAAAAAGUGUAAUGGUUCAAAGUUCAUUCAGUAUUGGGCCUAUGAUGAAAAAUUUAAGCGGCACUCCAGGGGAGAAUAGGUGUGAUGAUUGUACACACAACACUUUUGCACAGAAUAAAUCAAGAACAAGUUUUAAGAGUGAAGAAUUAUUCAACCAGGUGUCUAAACAACUUGUAACAAAGGGAAAUAUUAUGGCAAUUCAUUCAGAGGAUAGUUUUCAUAAACAAGACAUAAAUAGCAAUGAUCCUAAGUAUACUGCAAAUGUUAAUUCUAAUGUAAAUAACUCACAGAUAAAUGAUUCAGAAUUUGUGAACAGUGUACAUGAAGAUAAACUAGAAAUGAAUCAUAACUCUGAAGAAUUAGAAUUUUUGGACGACUCUGAAACCAAGGUAAAAAACAAUCAAAACAUUUGCAAUAAAAGUAGUACAAACUAUAUGUAUGUCAGCUGUGAAGAUGAAGAAAUGCAGAAAAAUGAAAAUGGAUCCAACUAUAAAGAACAAGGAUUGCCCAAUAGUACAUCAAAAUGCAUGAUGAAAAAGGCUGUCAGGUCAAAGAUUUGUGACAGGCAUCGGUUAAUCAACAGUAGUCAAGAAAAUAUUCAGCAAAUUAAAAAGUCAGAGGAUGGUUCUGAUGAAGGAGAAUCAAGUAAUGGACCUAAAUCUAACAUAAAGAAAAACAGAAGAAGCAGCAGAGUAAAGAAUUUUAAGUCUGAAUGUGUGGAAUAUGGGACAGAUAGAAAUGGGCCUGACAUUACUGCACAAAAAAACACAACCGUUAUAAUAAGAAAGUCACGCUCCUCUUCAAAAGAGCAUGAACCAGUCAUAAGUGGCUUGGAGGAAACUGUGGUUCGGAGGCUGAAGAAUUCAGGUUGCAGCAGCACUGAACUGACACUGACAAAGAAGAAAAGUUGCAAAGUCAAGAAAAUAAGUGAGAGUUGGAAAAAGCAAAACUCACUCAACAGUGGAUGUGAAGCUACUUUUGAGAAAAAGAACAAUAUUCAGAUGCAAGAUUCAGGAAACAGUUCAGAAGAACAAAUAUCAACAAACAAUUGGCCUGAGAAUAUUAGGGAAACAAAAAGAAGUGCUGCUAAAAAGAUAAUAAGAAACAGUUCUGAGGAACAAGAAUUAUUUGUAAGUCACAUGGAAGACACUGCAUACAAAAUCAAGAAGACUUAUGACAUUUCUGAGGAACACUUCAAUAACGAAUCUGAAAACAAAGCUUACAAGAAUUAUUCCAGAAUUAAAUAUUUAAGACAGAAUUCUGAAGAUCAAGAAAUCAGCAGUGAGCCAGAAUAUCCCUUACAAAAGAAGAGAAAGAAUUCUUGGGGGAAAAGUUCAAGUGAUACAACUGGGACAGAGAAGAAGUGCAACAGAACAAAUCAAUCAACAAACAAAUCUACAGAGAAAGAUGAAGUUAGUAAUUCUUUCAACAUGAAGAGAAAAACUGAGAAUACAGCUGAGCAAAUCAGUUCCAAAACUGUAGAUUCUGUUGAAGAUUCAACGCAUCAGUUUAACAAAACCCAAAAAUCAAAAAGGAAAAGUCACAAAACUGCAGUUUGUGUAACAACAGAGCAAAAAGGAGAAUGGCCAAAUAACAAAUCUUCACCUGGAUCCAGCACAGUCAUCCAUAGCAAAGGAAGUCAAAUACAGGGAAUCGAUGUUAUAGAUAUGCAAGAAACUGAGCAAAUUCCUAUGAAUACAGUUUCAGUCAUAGAAGAAGUAGAUGAUAAAGCAGCAAGCAAGUUAUGGUCAUAUCAAAAAGAGUGUCUCAGUAUUUCUCAUCUUACUGAGACAACUUAUCAAAAUGUUGAAGAAGUCACAAUGAAACCAAAAAAACUAAUGUCUUCUGGGUGGAAGAACAGCAGUGAUGCAGAGAAGUCAAUGGAAUUUUUUAAAGAAUGGAGACAAAAAUUAGAUCAUACCAAAGCAACCUGUGAGGAUAUGUUAGCUAAACUUAAAAUUGGUAGAGACAAUGAGAAUAUUAUCAAUAAACCUAAGUAUUAUUCCAUUGAUAAAGGAAUUAACUGGGAAGAUGGGAGUGCAAACAAACCUACUAUAAGUGACAUCAUCAAAAAGUUAUCACAGACUCAACCUGAAAGGGAGUUCUUCAUGUGCAAUAUUGGACGGAGAUUCAUUGAUACAAUACCACAAUACAUACCUAAUAGGAAAGAAGAUAUAAAAAUAAAGCAAUGUGACCUAAGCAUGAUUAUUGGCGAUAACAUAAACUUUGUAGCAAAGCAUAACCAAACAUUAAGUUCAGAGCCUUCUGAUCAGAAACUGUCUAUAACUCCACAUGUUUAUAGCCCUUCUGUUAAUGGGAACCCUGUGUCAUUGGCAAUGAGAGGAAUUCUUCCACAUAUAAAGCAGAGAAAUAAAGAACCAUCUCCCAACAAACAGUUCUGUAGUGAUCAUAAAAUGGACAACUUCUAUGCUGUUGGUAUACGUUUAAAAACAUCACAAGCUAGUCAUAAUCUGAAGAAACAUUUCUUGUUACCACUUGGAUUUGAUCAAUGUCUUGGUGUAAAUUCAACUGCAACACCCAUGGAAGGAAGUUUAUAACUAAACAGAAAUUAAAUCUGAAAUAUACGAACAUAUACUCCUUAAUCACUUGAUUUUAUAUUUCAUAUCAUUAUUUCAUAUUCUCUUCAUGGUAAUCAUUAACAUCACCAAUACAAAUACUUGGUGUUUCUUUGGAUAUCCAUAAAUUUAUAUAAUUUAUCCUUUCCAUCUAUUUAGAUUUUAGUAAAAUUUCUGUAAGAUUUUACCUCCAGUGCUUCAGUAGAGGGUUAACUUUUUUAAAAAAGCUAUACAAUACCCUAAAGUAUCUGCUCUAUUUAUUAAACUAUUCCAUAAACCGUAAGAGAUACAGAAGUACGUAAAAAUAAACUCACAGAGCAAAAUUUUGGUUCAACUGGAAAAGGAUAUGAACAAGGAAUAAAGUUCUAUAGUGAAGCGGUUAAUCAAUUACAUUUUCAAGGUCCAUAAAUGGGGCAGUCUAAUUCAAAAUGUGUAGGAUGUAAGCUUAUGCACUUCCCAUAACAUGACUGCACAUAAUCAGAUUUUUAUUACAUACUGCCAUGUAAAAAUCCAGGUUGCUGCUUAGUGUUUCUGUAUCAGUAACUGCAAAGCUGACUCAAUAUGUGCACUUAAAUUCUAUCUGUAUUCCACCAUUCACAGAACCCAAUACACUUACACAAGAAUAUAUGAAAAUUAAUAAAAUAUGUUUUGUGGGUUCAAUCUGCGGAAGUAUAGGUUAGAAUACUAUUGGAUUGGUGGACUGAAACAGGUGACAUGAACAAGAGAGAUUACAGAAGCAAGUCAGAUGAAACAUCGUUUUGUACUAGGGUCUCUGAGAUAAACAACAAUAACAUCCCAAUAGACCUUUUAAGGAGUGUGGGACAAGGUUAUGAACUAAAACAGAAUCUUUUAUGAAAGAAAUGUGUGACAGUUCUUGUAGUGAGUGACUAUGGCCUUAUAGAUCAUUACGUCAAAAUGCAAGUGCAAUAUUUAAGCAGUGGUGGUGGAGCCAAUCGCAAGGCCCUGGGCAAGAUUGAUUAUCAAAGCUCUUUAUGGAGAAGGGAGAAUACAUGUAAGGCAACAACGGCUCUUUAUAAAAAAUAUUAAAAGAUUGUCAUUUACUCUCCACAGGCUUUUAUAAAAAAAUUAUCAAUUCCUUCAACAUUGUUGUGAGCCUGAGGUAAAAGUAUAUGUAUAUGUCUAACUAUGGCAACAGUGAGAAAGGGAAAUUCUGAUACAAGCACAGAUGUGAGGCACACAGGACCCUGUGCCUUCACCCACCCCCUUCGCCAGCACUGUACUUAAGUGAAUUCAAUAUGCCACCCAAUUUAUAAGGCAUAUCAAAGUAUGGCACUUGAAGUAAUAAUAUUAUAAUAUGUUUAACGAAACAUUUAAAAGUAAUAAAUUCAUGUCACAAAAAUUGAAACCAUGUAGUAAGAAUUAUUAAUAAAUAUUAUCAAA